AUGGACGAGCAGAGUCGACAAAUGGUUUCGGAUUGUUUCCUGCGCACGAUCGUUGACCCUCGGGCCACAAACACUCCGAUCGAGCCUCCACCAACGAAACAGCCGGUGAAAGUGGAACUGCAAGUGCUGCGGUUGAAGGAUGAAUCGCAAAAGUUGAUCAUGGACACGCUCCGGGCCAUUCAUGGGGAGUCAUUUCAGCUGGGCGACAUCUCGAAGUACGAAGACAAGGGUGGCCGCAUGAAGAAAGGGUUCUGGCAGGACCGCGGAAAUCUGGUCAUACAGGGUGGUUGCGACUUUUCGAAGGUUGUCCGCACCGGCAACAGCAACGAGGACAAGUUUCGGAUGUACGCAACCAUGAAACUGCACAGCUACGGUUUCCACCGUGCGCAUUGCGAGGAAGCCUUAGACCACCACAACGGCGACAUCGAUCAAGCUUUGGCGCUACUCUUUUCCAAGUACUUUCCCCCACCGGCCAACUUACCUCCGCCACCAGAGGAGUACGGUGAGGAGGAACUCAGCACAUUGCGAGCCGACGAACGUGAAGCAUUGGAAUCCAUCUACGAUAAACUAUUUGUGGAGAAGGAGCACAAUCAUGUGUGGCAGCUAAAGUUCAAGAUCGGUCACCUGCUCGUUCACAGUCCAUCGGAGAUGAAGAAACAAGCCGAACGGGAACGGCAGCAGCAGGAAGACGAUCGACGUCGGAAACAAGAUCAGCUAGCGAAGAAAAAGAAAGCCAAAAAAGAAAGGUGUUGGAACUUUGCGAAGGGCAAAUGUCGCUACGGCAAUCGGUGCAACUAUUUGCACGAGACUGAACCAUCGAGCACAGGUGAGAACGAAAAGAAGGACGGCAAACGAGGGGACAAAUCGGCGGAAGAGGAUCCGAACUGGUUCUUCCUAGAAGUGCGCUUUCCUCCCGGCAAUCGCUAUCCAUUUGAACGGCCCAUUCUGCUACUGAGAACCACCUGUGCUGACAUCCCAGAGCAGUUGUGCCUUCGGGUGAACCGCCGACUGGUGCAGGAAUCGAUCGAACUAACGCGUGACGGCAUGCCUUCUAUCUACACCGUAGCCGACCUGUUGCAGAACGACGAAGAAAUUGGUCGUUUCAUCGAGCUCGAUCGUUACCAAUUUCUAGACGCGAAGCGAUCACUCUUCUAUAUCCCCGAACUAGAUGAAACGGACGAACCAAUGGCCGGAGAUUUGCCCACACACCAUCAGCGAGGCACAACGGGUCGAACCGGUGGUUCGAAAACCAAUCCCGAGCAGCUUCAGAAAGAGGAUCGGAACAUUGUGCGCAAGUUCAUGGACAAACAGACGAACGCAGCCUACCGGGAGAUGUUGAAAGCACGUCGCAACCUUCCAGCUUGGGCGAAAAUGUCCGAAAUCAUCGAACUGCUCGAUUCGAACCAGGUUCUCGUGAUCAGCGGAGAAACUGGAUGCGGAAAGUCCACACAAGUGCCUCAGUUUUUGCUCGACGACUGGCUGCUGCAAUCGUCGCGGUUAGGCGCCAACGAGAAGGUGCGACACUUGGAAAUAGUUUGCACGCAACCGCGCCGUCUGUCCGCGAUCGGAGUGGCGGAACGGGUUGCUGAAGAGCGCAGCGAAAAGAUAGGUAAUACCGUUGGAUACCAGAUACGGCUCGAGAACCGAGUGUCUUCCUUUACGCGGCUCACCUUCUGCACCACCGGCAUUCUGCUCCGGCGGCUGCAGUCUGAUCCGAUGCUCUCGAACGUCACGCACGUUUUAGUCGACGAAGUGCACGAGCGUAGCGAAGAGUCCGACUUUUUGUUACUAAUUCUGAAGGAACUGCUCGCCAAACGUUCCGACCUGAAGGUAGUUCUCAUGUCUGCGACACUCAACUCAAAUCUAUUUGCGAGCUAUUUUGGCGACAUACCGGUGCUCGACAUUCCCGGACGAACCUUUCCCGUCGAGCAGCUGUUCCUCGAGGACAUCCUGGAGCGGAGCGAGUUCGUGCUCGAGCCUGACUCGCAGUUUUGCCGCAAACUACGCAAAGCGGAACAGGAGCUGCUGGCAGAGGAACUGGAGUACGCGGACGUUAAGGCAACCAAUGCGGCGCCGGCGAAUACGAUCCGUGACGAAAAUCUCAAAAUGACCGAUUUCUUUGCACGUUACGCCGAAUACUCGAAACACACGUGCAAAACGCUCUACCUCAUGGAUCCGCUCCGCAUCAAUCCAGAACUGAUCGAGCACGUCCUGACGUACAUUGUGGACGAUCCAUCGCACAGUUGGCCCCGCGAAGGGUCAAUACUGAUCUUUCUCCCCGGUUUCGCCGAAAUUCAAACUGUCCACGAGGCGCUUAACGAGAGUCGGCUCUUUGGACCGCGGGGUGAUCGGUUCGUGCUGAUUCCGCUUCACUCGAUGCUGACGAACGAGGAACAGGCACUGGUCUUCCGGCGACCGCCGAAGGGAAAACGGAAAAUCGUGCUAAGCACCAACAUCGCCGAAACAUCCGUCACCAUCGAUGACUGUGUGUUUGUGCUCGACUGUGGCCAGAUGAAGGAAAAGCGGUUUGAUUCGAACCGCAACAUGGAAUCGCUCGAAAUGGUGUGGGUUUCGCGUGCGAAUGCUUUGCAGCGCCGCGGACGUGCCGGACGCGUCAUGCCCGGCGUCUGCAUACACCUCUACACGCGGCCCCGCUUUACGCACCACAUUCUCGGUCAGCCCGUCCCAGAAAUCCAUCGCAUCCCGCUGGAGCCGCUGUUGCUGCGAGUCAAAACGCUGCCGAUGCUGCAGGAGCGCCCGAUGACCGUGGUACUCGGUGCAACCAUUGAGCCACCGAGUGAGGAAAAUAUUACAGCGGCCAUCAAGCGCCUAAUCGAUAUUGGCGCGUUUGAUCGAGACGAGCGGUUGACGGCACUGGGACACCAUCUAGCUGCCCUGCCCGUAGACGUACGCAUCGGCAAGCUAAUGCUGUUUGGUGCAAUUUUCCAGUGUCUGGACAGUGUGCUCACGAUCGCGGCUAUUCUUAGCUACAAAAGCCCAUUCGUGGCACCUUUCGGUAAGCGGGAUGAAGCGGAUAACCGAAAACGGCAAAUGGCCAUCGCCAACAGCGACCAUUUGACGAUGCUGAAUGCCUAUCGACGGUGGAUGGUCGCAGCCAAACGCAGCCGCUACGCGGGCCAAUGUUUCGCCGAGGAGAACUAUCUUUCGAACAAAACGCUGGCAACGAUCGGCGAGAUGAAGUACCAGUUUCUUGAGCUCCUGGUUUCGAUCGGUUUCGUACCGCUCGAUCUAUCUGGCGGUCGGAGUCGUGCCAAACGGCAACAGCUCGACGAUCUGGCGCAGUUGACGGGGCCGGAAAUGAAUGUGAAUGGUGACAACAAUCGUCUCCUGGCGGCCAUACUAUGUGCCGCGCUGUAUCCGAACGUUGCGAAAGUAUUAUCGCCGGAGAAAAGCUUUGUAUCGGGUGCUGGUGGAGCCGUGCCGUACUUGCCACGUGCGUCCGAUUUGCGGUUCAAAACGCAGGAGGACGGUUUCGUCUGCUUACAUCCCUCGUCCGUGAACGCCAGCGUAGGAUUCUUUGGGUCCCCGUUUCUGGUAUACCAGGAAAAGGUUAAAACGUCACGGAUCUUUAUCCGCGACUCGACGAUGGUGCCACUACUGCCCAUGGUACUGUUCUCCGGCAGCGAUCUUCAGAUCGAACUGCAUGGUGGUGACUUUGUAAUACUGCUUGAGGGAGGCUGGCUGAUGCUGCAGACUGCCACGCACCAGGUGGCGGAAAUGAUGAAAUUUUUGCGCCUUGAACUGACCAAAAUGCUGGAGCUCAAGAUUAGCGAUCCACUGCUGAACCUGUUACACCACGAGCAUGGUAAACGAAUCAUCGAGACGAUCGUGUAUCUAAUCAACAAGGAAUAA